AUGGCCACGGAUGGAGGUGCUGAGGACAGGUUUGGGGGGUACAUGGGACAACACAGCCCCACCCCCUUCCUCCCCUCCAAAGGGCCGUUUCCAGGCCAGCCCUCAUUCCCCGGCCCGGCCCCCCCUGGGUACCCCCAGACUCUGCCCCUGCUGCAGCCGCCCCCCUACCUUGACCCUGCAGCUGCGUACCCCGAGCUCUACCGUCUCAGCUUCGUCCCCCUGGGCGCUGCCGGCGUCCCCCCCAUGUCCCCAGCGUACCCAGGUGCGUCCCUGUACCUGCCCCUGGCCCCGCCGCUGCCCGUGGGGGCUCUGGGCACCCCCGUGGCCUAUUUCCCACUGGGACAGGUGUAUCCACCGGGAUCCACGGUGCUGCUGGAAGGGGGGUUUGACACCGGAGCCAGGCUGGGGACAGGUGGCACCGGCAGCAUCCCGCCGCCGCCUGCCGGAUGCCCCCCGGGUGCUCCCCCGGUGCCCGUCCCGCCCGGAGCCGCCGUCCUGCUGCCCCCGCGCAAGGGGGGCUUCCUGGGGGGGGCUGGGGGCGGCUUCAGCCUCUGAAACUUCUGUCCUGUCCUGGGAAUUUUUUAACCCACUCUGAGUAAUCCUGGAUUGUUUGCACUUCAGCUCUAAUUAAAGCCAUGACCGGUGCCAGGGCCCUGCUGCAGCUCCCGUGGGAUUCUCCUAUUCCAGCUAGAACCAGGUUUAUCCGAUGCUUAAUUAGCAAAUGCUUGAUUUUAACUCAAACCUGGUGUUUUUGCACCCAAAUUCCUUAAAUCCGAGAGGCUGGUUGCCAUCUGUCCCGGGUGUGUGGGAAGUGUCAGUGAGCACACAAAUCCCUCGAUCAUGGGCUUGCUCUGGGGGGUUAUCAAUGGCUUUAUCAAUGAGGUGUUUAUUGGUGGCUUUAUCGAUGAGGCGUUUAUUGGUGGCUUUAUGAAUGAGUUUUAUGAAUGGGAUGUUUGUAGGUGGAUUUUUAUGAAUGGGGUGCUCGGAAAUGAGUUGUGAAUGGGUUUAUCGAUGUUUAUCAGUGACUCAUGCCUGCAUUGAUAACCAAACUCCACAAGCUUUCGAGGAACGUUUCAGGGAUCCUCAAUCGGGUGUUUUUCUUCUUUUUGGUUGUUAUUUGAUGAAGAAAGAGCUCAGAUUCAACUCUAUUUUAUUGUAAUAUUUCAUUUUAAUCUGAAUCUGUGUCCUGUGUGUGUGUGACCAUCCCUGACUGUUCCCCAGCUCGGCUCUCGGACUCUCUGUGCUGCACUGAACUUGUGGAGUUUUUAUACUAAAAACCAAAAAUAAAAUAAAGAUUAUUUUGAAAAUUAAAUGAA